CGGGUACCCGCUUUCGCUUCCAAAUUGUGCAUGCUGCCCGGACAGAGGCAUCAGUGUAGUUUGCUGCGAUAGACGUUUCACUCGGAUUCUUUUUGUUUAUCUUUGUACUUUCUUGAUCGGAGCGCUCAUAAUAUGAAGAAUAUGACGCUGCGAAGGCUUAAAAAAGUCAACUCUAGCAAUCCAUCUAGUGGAGGUUCGAGCCAGGACGGCAUUUACUUUCCGUCCUCAAAGUCAGACAGUUGUAAAACUAUGGAUUUACCAACUAACUCGGAAGUGUAUAAUUACAAGACUUUGGCUUACUCUGGUGGAACGUUGCCAAGGAACUUCAGAAAGAAUGGUGGGCUGCAGAAGUGGAAGCCCCUGACUCAGACCCCAGAGCCACGGAGGAAAGUUGUCCUGGAGAAGAAGAAUGAGGAGACGUUUGGCUUUGAGAUUCAGACAUAUGGGCUGCACCACCAGGACCAGAACUCUGUGGAGAUGUGCACAUUUGUGUGCAAGGUUCACGACGACAGCCCUGCCCAACAAGCCGGACUCAAAGUUGGGGACACCAUCGCUAGUGUGAACGAGACCUCCGUGGACGGAUUUCUACACAAGGAGAUUGUUCAGCUAAUCAGGGCCUCUGGGAACUCCAUUGGGCUGGAGACGGUAUACAGCGACUCCAUUCGAAAAGCAGAACUGGAGGCCAGGCUUCAGUAUCUAAAGCAAACCCUACAUGAGAAAUGGGAUGAAUACAGAUCUUUGAUGAUGCAAGAGCAGAGGCUGGUUCAUGGCAUAGUGAUGAGUGAUGCUGCGAUCUGUGAGUCCCUGGAGUCUGCGGGGGUGUACGGUAGUCUGGGUGCCCCGAGUCCGGCCGCCCUGCGUGCCCUCCGCUGCACCGGCAGCACCAGCAGCAGCGCCAGCCACCUGAGUGCCACCACGGAGGAGGACCCACUCUACCAGACCUGUCUGUUCCAGAGGCAGGGUGACCACCUCAACGAUGCCAACGGUGACCUCACUAGCAGCACAGAGAAAGACAAACAGAAACCGGAACAGGAGAAGCCUCCACAGGGUAAGCAGAGACUGAUCCGCCCUGCCAGUGAGCUCUUCACCUCAGCCAAGACCCACCUGACCCGCAGCUCCAGCACACGCAGCUACCUGAGGGCCUCCAACAACAACUCUUCAUCAACACCAGGGGAGAAAGCACAAUCGGGAGGGUUCAGCUCGCUACAGAGGAAACCCAAACAGAAGAGCUUCCGCCGACACCUCCUCAAGUUCAUCCCUGGACUGAACAGAGCAAUGGAGGAGGAGGAGAGCAAGCUCUGAGAACUAAACGGACUAAACACCCGAAGAACUGGAGAGUCUUUCUGACCCAAAGACUUAACAUUGCCUCUGACUCAACCUAACAACCAAAGAUUUCAACUAGUGCCACAGAGAGUAAAAAGAGAGACACAUUUGGUCUCAAUCUGUCCAGUCAUACCUUUGUACUUGUUCAGAUGACUACACAUUUGACCCAGCGGAACCAAUGGUCCUUUGUGUUCUGAAGCACACUCCAAUUUGAGGAGACACCUGUACAUACUGUACCUUGGUUACUGUUUCUAUAGUUCAUAAGUUAUUUAUUUAUUUUUGAUUAGUUUGACCUAUGUACAGAAUGAAGGAUUUUGUUUUUGUGUUUUAAUUUAGUUUUGUCAUCAUGACAGUUGAAAAUAAAUGCCCCAUAUCUUCACAUACAACUUUUUGUAAGAGACAUUUGUUACUGUUUUUCUACCAGUUUGAUCUGGUGUUCUCUUGCUGAAAAUAUCUAAAAAUAAAUGUGUGGCAUUUUGA